AUCCAGGUUGCCGGAGUGCCUCGUCCAGGUGGCGUGCGGACACCAGCACUGCGCCUUCCUGCUGAAUCGCCACGAGCUGUGCGUCUGGAAUACAGCUGGCAGCCCUGCUGCACAGGGUUAACACCUCAAGGAAUUAUCAUUGGAACUCUUCUGAGAUUGGUUCUUCAUGUAAGAUUUAGUCCAGAUGAUCAACAGGUGGCAGUAUGUGCUGAAAAUCGAAUCUACGUGUUAAGUGCAAAGAAUGAAGCUAUACUAGUUAAAUUGAAUGGCCACCUGGCUCCAGUGACUGCUGCUGAGUUUUGCACGUGGGAGAAAAAUAUGCUUAUAUUGGUGUCUGAAGACAGAAGCUUCAAGGUAUGGGACUAUUCUACUGGAGUGUUGAUGUCAGGGAUAUUAGCAGCAUUUCCUUUGCUAAGUCUACUAAUUGAUGAAGAAAAGAGACAGAUCAUCACUGGAUGUGCUGUAGGACAGCUUUGGAUCUUCAGUUUAAGCAGUGAUCAUAGUUACCGUUGUGUGGCACAUACUGUUAAAGAGCAAGAGAAAUUCUAUAAUAAAAUCUGGAAAUCUGAAGAAGAAUUAGGUGAAAGGCAAAAUGCUUGUGAGCUUUGCAAAACAAACAGCAUGAAACCAGAGGGGUCAGUGGAAGCAUCAUUGCCUGUUCUCCUAAUUGAACACUGUGACUAUUCAGUAUGUUUCCACAAUGAAGAAAAUAUAUGCUGUGCCCAGAAUAGAAGCUAUUUUUGGAUAGGAACCUCUACUGGCUUAUUAUUAAUAAAUUUAAUAAAAAUAAAUUUAAUAAACUUGGAACUGGAAGCGUUUUUAUGUUACAAAGAUUGCAGUGGCCUCAGCAUUCGAUUUGCUAGAUUGUGUUCAUUAAUGAAGAAAGCAGUUAAUGGAAAGGUUUUAUGCUUGAUCACUUCAAUGUAUGAAGACAUCAUUGCUGUGUUGGAAGUUAACCCUGCUUCGUUGGUGACAUCUCAGCAGAGUGGUAUUCUUAAAAGUGGAAAUGAAGGGAGUCUAUCAGUCAUUGCCAGGUGUUCUCUGUUGCCAGCAUCUCCACUGUGUGAAAAUUUAAAUAAAAAUAAAAAACGUCCAAGUGAAACACAUGGAGUGAAAAGCACCGUGAAAGAUCAACCACUGGUUUUUCAUAAUAAAAAAGGUUAUACAGCUGCACCACAGUGA